UUUCGUCAUGUGCGCUUGCGAAUACGAAUUUAUAAUUCUCUUCAAUAUCCAAGUAUAGCCUUUACUUUUCUCUCUCUUUUCUUAUUGUCACUCUUUCGAAUUCGAGAAAAUUUCCUCUGUCUCUUUCUCUCUCAUCAUCUUCAUCUUCGUCUCCUUACAUUCUUUUCUUCUUCAUCUUCUCACCAACAAUUUACAAAAUUAUCUCGAUUGUGAUUAUUUUCUCUCUUUCUUUUCUUUCCUCAUCAUUUCCACUUCUCUUCUUUUCCAUCAUUCAUCCUUUCUACUUCUCUGUCUUCAUCAUCUUCACCUCUCUUUCUCCAAAUUCUGUCUAAUAUCAUCUCUCUCUCUCUCUCUCUUACUCAAUGUUCACUUUUCAUGUUUCCUCUGCCAAUCAUAUUAUUUAACUAAGUGACUUGGUUUUAUUUUCUGUUAUCAUUAUAAUCAACUGUUAUUAUCGACUCACAAUUUAUUCAAUAUCAGUUUUUGUUUAUCGUAGUUGGAGAAAACAAAAGUUCCAUAAUUAAUAGUAAUUGUUUCAAUUGGAACAUUCUAAUUUCAAUUACUUUCCAUUCACCAUCCAAAAAGUGUAAAACGAGAUUCGGAUUAUUACCUUUUCGCUUCUCUCUCUCUCUCUCUUUCUAUUUUCUCUUUCUAUCUUUGUCUCUAUUUGCUUUCCCUCUUUCUCUCUCUAUUUCUCUCUCUUUCUUUUAAAUAUAAGCUUCGACGAAGAGACAAGAUAUAUUUUCGAAUUUGAGAAGAAAAAAAAAACAAAUCCAGAGAAAGAGAGAAAAAAAUAUCAGAGAAACAAAAAGGAAAUAACAGAAAAUCAAAGAAAACAGGAAAAAGAAAACGAGGAAUCGAAAAUAAAUCAACAAAGAGAAUCAACAACAACAAUUUACCAUCCAAAAGGAUAUCAUCCUCAUCCUUUUAUCAUCAUUUAUCCUCCUAAUCAUCAUCUUCAUCAUCUUAAUCUCACCUUUUGAUUACCUUUCAAACUCUCACCUUUAAUCCGUUUCUCUUUCCAAGUGUGUGUUUUAAUUGUGUGAUUAAUUGUUGUUAACUUUUGUAAUUUUCAUUCAUCAUCAUUAACCCAAUAACUUUAAAUUUGUUUACAAACAAUUUGAAAAUUUAAUUAUUGCAAUUUGUGAUUUAUUUGCUGUUUUUUGGACACAAUUUACUUAAUUAUCACCAAGAGACUGUAAUACAAUUAACUAAUUAAAUGGCAACUCCGGUAAUAACAACACGUUUCUCUGAUAACUAUGAACUCAAAGAGGAAUUAGGAAAAGGAGCCUUUUCAAUUGUCCGACGAUGUGUUCAAAGAUCAACUGGACUUGAAUUCGCAGCUAAAAUAAUAAACACCAAGAAAUUAUCAGCACGAGAUUUCCAAAAGCUUGAAAGAGAAGCUCGAAUCUGUAGGAAAUUAAAUCAUCCAAACAUAGUUCGACUUCAUGAUAGCAUCCAAGAGGAGGGUUAUCAUUAUUUAAUUUUUGACCUAGUAACUGGCGGUGAAUUAUUUGAAGAUAUAGUAGCUCGGGAAUACUAUUCAGAAGCUGAUGCCUCCCAUUGUAUACAACAAAUAUUGGAAUCUGUUAAUCAUUGUCACAUGAAUAACGUUGUACAUAGGGAUUUGAAACCAGAGAAUCUUUUACUUGCUAGUAAACAGAAAGGUGCAGCCGUUAAAUUGGCUGAUUUUGGUUUGGCCAUUGAGGUUAGCGGUGAUCGAUCAGCUUGGUUUGGCUUUGCAGGUACACCAGGUUACCUUUCACCUGAGGUACUUCGUAAGGAACCUUAUAGUAAACCAGUUGAUAUAUGGGCUUGUGGAGUCAUUUUGUAUAUACUUUUGGUUGGUUAUCCACCUUUUUGGGACGAGGAUCAACAUCGCCUUUAUGCACAAAUAAAGGCAGGAGCUUAUGAUUAUCCAUCACCUGAAUGGGAUACAGUUACACCUGAAGCCAAGAAUUUGAUCAAUUCAAUGUUAACAAUUAACCCAGAGAAAAGGAUCACCGCUGCCGAAGCACUUAAACACCCAUGGAUCUGUCAACGAGAACGAGUUGCAUCAACUCUACACCGCCAAGAGACCGUUGAUUGCCUUAAGAAAUUCAAUGCUCGGCGUAAAUUGAAAGGAGCAAUAUUGACCACCAUGUUGGCGACCAGAAAUUUUUCCAGUCGAUCGAUUGUCGCCAAGAAAGGAGAAGGUUCUCAAGUUAAAGAAUCAACGGACAGUAGCAACACUACAUUGGAAGAUGAAGAUGCUAAAGAUCUUUCUCUUCAACAUGGAGUUGAACGAAGUAAAACUGUCAUUCAAACUGACCAAGAGCCAAUAUUUGUUUCUAGUUCAGGUCACCAAAGCAAGAACGGCCCUCGAACCGAUGAGUUGACCAACAAUACGACAAGUUCAACAUCGGUCACUGUCAAUUGUAACAUCGAAUCACCAAUAAGAAGUCGAGCUCAGAUGAGAAGGGAAUAUACUGGAAUUGAUCCACGUAAACAAGAGGUUAUCAAGAUAACGGAACAGCUUUUGGACGCCAUCUCAGCGGGCGAUUUCGAUGCUUACAGUAAACUUUGUGACCCGAAUGUUUCCUCCUUCGAACCGGAAACUUUAGGUAAUCUAGUGGAAGGAAUUGAAUUUCAUAAAUAUUACUUUGAUAAUGCAAUCCUUGCCAAGAAUAUGAAAACCAUCAAUACAAACAUUUUGAACCCCACUGUACAUUUGAUGGGCGAUGAUGCUGCCUGCAUAGCUUACAUACGUUUAACUCAAUUCAUAGAUCCUUCUGGAGCUCCUCAGAUUAAACAAACGGAAGAGACUCGAGUUUGGCAUAGACGUGAAUCGAAAUGGCAAAUGGUUCAUUUCCAUCGAGCUCGAGCUGGAGCCUCAUCGGUUUCAUUUUUAAGCUAAUGAUUGAUUAUCAAUCAAAUAUGACGAUUUACGCCUAAUUAACUAAUUAAUUUGAAACUAUUUCACCAUGAAAAACAAAAUCACACACAUAAACACAACAAUGAUUUUCAAUCAUCAUCAUCAUCAAGCAAAAACAAACAAAUGAGGACAAUAAUUAUUAACCUGACACAAAUACAAUUUGAUUAAUUGGAUGACAAGCCCAAUCUGAGAUAAUUCAACAACAAUUAUCAAUUCUGAUCAUUAUUAUUAUCAUUUGGUUGCCUGAUUGUUUCAUGGUAACAAUCAGUAACCUUAAAUAACAACAACAAAGCUAUUAAUUGAAUUUUGAACUCAACUUGAUUAUGGAGACAUUGGGAGGAUGCGGAAGUAACCAGAAAAAAAGAGAAAGAGAAAGAGAGAUCAGCUGGAUCACAACAAAAGAAAGAGGAAGAUAAAUUUCGUCAUCAUCAUUAUCAUCAUCAUCACCAUUGUCGCCAUCGUCACCAUCAUGGAAAUCACCCAUUAUCUUAUCUCUAUCAUCUUUAAACUCAGAGGAAAAGAAAAGAUAAAAUUCUGAAAAUUCUGAAUUUCUAUCAAUUCAAAUAUUGAAUAAAUUUUUGAAUUUCCAUCUUUUUCUCAGUUCGUUUCUGAUUCAAUUUAAUUGAUUGUUGUUAAUCAAUCAAAAUGAAAUUAAUAAUAAAUUCAACACCGACACAAUAAUAAUGAUAACAAUUUAAGAUGGAAAAGUGAUUAACUUAAUUGUUGAUUAACUUUAAAUUACAAACACACACAUACAUAGAGAGAGAGAGAAACAGAGAAACUAAAUCAGUCCCAAUCAUCUCAAACAAUUAAUCUAAUUGAUAUUUAAAUUGUUUCCAUUUUGUGAUUUAAUUUUGAUCCUUUUUAUUUUCAUUCAUCUUUUAAUUGUUCAACUGGCAAACAAUUAAAUCAACUCACACAAAUACACCUUAAUUUAGGUUCAACUUUUUUUUUUUCCAAAUCUUUUUGAUUACAAAUCAUUUUAAUCUUGCACCAGAAUUGGAUACACAUAAACAAUUAAUAAAUCAUUUUGAUAAACUUGAUGAUUAACCCAAAGAAAACACAACAAUUAACCUAAUUUUUGCCAUCAAUCGUAAUCAUUUAAAUCAAACCAAGCAAAACUAUAUAUAUAUUGAUUAUCACAGUUAAUUGUAAAUCUAAUCCAAUUUGUUAAUCUCGUUAAUCUUUCAAUCAACUUUGCUAUUUUAAUUUGUAAUCAAAUGCAAGUGACUUUGUUUUUUUUAAAUCAAAUCUAAUUUACAAUUAACUAAUUAUAAUGAUAAUGAUAAUCUCAUAUCCUUAUAUAUAUAACAUAUAUAUCAAUCAAAUUUGUCAAAUUGUUUUAACUUGAUAAUUAACUAAUUGUUAACUUAUUAUAUAAAAAAAUGGCUAAACCUGUGAAUGGAAAUCAAUUCAAGUUGAUUUGAUUUUAAUUGUUUGAGUUGAUUGUUUCUCAUCAUUUAUAAUUUUCACUAAAUCAACUAAUAUAUAUAAAUAAUAAUCUAUGUGUGUGUGUUACUAUGUUAAUUAACUUAAUUGUAUGUGCGUAAUUUAACAAUUUAGAGAAUCAAAUUAAUUAUCAUUACCAUUACCAACUAAUACUAAUCAAACAUUGUAAAGGAUUAAUCCUGAAUUUCCUGAUUUAAUUUGCAAACCAAUUGAAACCAAAGGUCUUUACUUGCCCAAGGAAAAAUGUCAAACAAUUAAGACAAUUAAGUUAAUCCAGUUGACAGAAUCUAAUUUUUGUCAAGUAAAUUAAUUGUCUCAUUGAAACUUUUCCUCGUGAAUAUAUUAACCUGGUUUCAUUGUCUUCGAAUGUGCAACAACUUGAUCAGAACAUUUUCCUCGAGUUCUAAUCAUUUGCUUCCCUGUUACGAAAAUAAUUAAUCUCGAAUCAAAGGGAAUCGACACUGCCUCUCUCUCUCUCACUCUCUCACUCUCGCUCUCUCGAUUAUCAGUCUUGAUCAUCAUCACCUUGAUUGUAAUUCAUCAUCUUUAUUAGUGAUACUGAUUUUUCAAUCUGAGAUCUAUCAUGAAAUAUAUAAAGAGAACUCAUCGUUAUUCUGUUUUUAUCCAAUUCGCAUUUAUGAUGAAAUUCUGUGCCACUUUUUUUCUUCUCCUUUUCUCUCUUCGAAAAUCUCAUAUACAUCCAGUCAUCUCCAUCACUCUAACUCUUCUCACUUUCCUCUCAUCUUCAUUAUCUUCAUCAUCAUCUAUGAUAAUAUAUAUAAGAAAAGCACAUGAUGAUGGAGAUAAAAAAAACGCUGAUAAACAGAUAUUUAUUAUUAUUAUAAAUAUAUAAAUAUUAUAUUCACUUAUAUAAGGAACUCACAAUGGAUGAAAAAGUUCAAUAUUUGAUUCUUAACUGAAUUUGACGAUAAAAUGGAAAAAAUUAACAGAAUUAUCUUAAUUGCCUUCUAGGCCUUGAUGGUUUGGCUUGAUAAAAUUCACUCUCUUUCUCUCUCUCUUUCUUUCUCUCUUUCUUUCUUUCUUUCUUUUUCAUCUUCUUUCAACUCUUUUUUCCUACUUUAUGGAAUCAGCACUUUGAAACAUUGUAAUUUGAAAUUGAAUUAAAACUUGUAUUUGAAUUAACAA